GGGUCACAUGUUCAAGAGUCCCCUCUCAAACUGUGAAGCCACCCAUAUUUCCGUGGAGCCCAAUUUAUAAAUAUCUCAAGCCAGGGAGAGUGCUUUGUCGUUAAAGUGCUGACCUCAGAAGUAUAAAGACUUGAGUUUAAGACCCUAGGGCCCAGAUUAAAGGUCAGGUGCCACAGAGUAGACCUAUAAUCAAGCUCAGAGUAGGAGGAAACUUUCGCUAGACGAAGGAGCCAUAUCUAUGAGCCCCAGGUUCAAUGAGACAGACUCCCUUAAGGUAGAGCCCGCAGUGGGGGCACACACCUUCAAUCCCAGCGCUGGGAAGCGGAGGCAGGAGCAUCUCUGCAAAUUUGAGACUAGCCUGGUCUACAUAGUGAGUUCCAGGACAGCUAGGCUACAUAUGUCUCAAAAAAGAAAAAGGGGAAAAGUAAGCAAGGUGGGCAGCACUGGAACAACAGCGGAGGCUGAGCUGGGCUGGCAUGCACGCAUGCACGCAGAGAAAGUGUAUAAAAUCGAAGCCGCCAUAGAGAUUGAAAUAGCAUUCUUACCACUCUUCAUUAUUUAUCCAUUUAUUGAGACACGUUUGCUGUGUAGUUCUGGCUGGCCUGGAACUAGAUAGUGGACCAGGCUCAAACAGAAUUCCUAAACUUUGAAAAGACUCCAACCAGUGCCAAGGAAGGUUGCCCAAUAGGUAGAGCACUGGCUUAGCAAGCACAAGUCGUGGGCUCUUUUACCAGCACAAUGUAAACCCACCCUGAUGGUGCAGCUCUGGCAGUCCAGAACUCUGGGGAAGCAGGGGGAAGUUCAAGGUCAUAGUUUUCUACGUAGCUGGUUAGAAGUUAUCUGGCUAAAAAAGACCCUGUCUCAAACUAAAACACGCGUGCGUGCACCCGAGUGUACACACACACACACACACACACACACACGAGGGCAAAAAGGGUAUGUUGGCACACACCUCUGAUCCUUGUUUUCAGAAUGUGAGUCUGAGAAUUGUAAAUUUAAGAACAGUCUGGGCUGUGUAGUGAGAUGCUGUCUCAAGAAGCCAAAGUAAACUAAACAGAACAGUUCUCACAGACUUUAAUCUCGAUACUUAGAAGCAGAGGCAAAGAGGUCUGUGUGUGCAAGGCAGCUGCUCUAUAAAGCAAAUUCCAGGCCAGCCAGGGAUGUACAGUCAGUCAGACGCCGUCUAAAAAACAAGCAAAACUGAGGUUGAAGCAGGGGUUUGAUACCCAAGGUUGCCCUCUGACCCCUGCCUCUGUAUUUGUGGCACUCACACAUUCUAUGAACACACGUGUGCGCACGUGCACGCACGCGCACACACACACACACACACACAUGUAUACUAUUUAAAAAUCAAUAAAAGCCAGUGUGGUGGCACAUGCCAUUCACCAUGAUAGUCAGGAGACAAAGGCAGGCGGAUCUCAGAAUUCUAGCCAGUCACAAGGAAUGAUUGCCUGUCUUGAAAAACUAAAUAGAACAACAACAGCAAAUCAAUAAAAGCAAGUAUACUGGUGCACACCUGUAAUCCCAGCACCUAGGCGGCAGAGGCAGGCAGAUCUCUUGAGUUCAAGCCUAACCUGGUCUUCAGAUCGAGUUCGAGGACAGCCAGGGCUACACAGAGAAACCCCUGUCUUGAAAUCCAAGGGGUAAGGGGAGGACAAGUCAGUAAGGGGGAGAGGCUCUAAAGAGAUGGCACAGUGGUUGGGAGUGGAUUCAGCUUGGGUUCCCAACACACACAUCAGACAGCUCACAACUGCCUGUAACUCCAGUUUCAUGGCAUCCGAUGCUCCCUUCUGGCCUCUCCGAAUAUCUGCAUGCUCAUAUACACACAACACAAAAAAGAAACUUCAUGUGGAGUCCAGCAGUCACAGACUGAGGCAGGAAAAUCUCAAGUCCCAGCCUAGAGGACAGGGUGAGACCGUGUCAAAUCUUUCAAGACUGGGGGGGGGGGAUGUGUUAAACCUCCCUCCAGCAGCAAUGGUGUGGUACGUCUUAGAAUUCUGAGGAUGCAGCCAGUGGGAUGGUGGCAUGCAAAUUAGGUCCUCCAAGGUCAUAAUGGGGUCAGCCCAGCUGGUUCUCAGAAGCUUUUGAAAGCUCAAGAAAAGAGUCUCUGGGGCUGUUCCUCAGGCUGACUGGUACCACGGGGCAGGAGGUCAUGGAUCCAGAGACCCCCCUUCCCUCCCACCUACAAACGAUGUCCCCUCCCACCACUACCCUAUGCCAUCGUAGUGGGGUCUUCUCUGGUCAAGAAGGUCCCCUGGCUAUCCAGAGUCAGCAGCAGCUCACUUGGGGGUCUUCCUCCCACAUCCUCAUGUCUCAUACCAUGUUGUGGCCCAAACUGGGCACCAGUCUGAGGGAACUCCAUAGUCCAGAACCAUCCCUAAGACCCCCACUGCAGCCCACCACCUCCCAGAAAAGUUCUUACAUGUGUCCCAGUUUCAAACCUCAGAGAAGAGACCAGCAUUGCCGUCCGCAGGAUGACCUCAUAUCAAACAAGCAGAAUGAAGUGGAGAUCCCCUCACCCACACCUCGGCAGAGAGCCUUCCAGCAGCCCCCGCCGUCAGUGCUGCGACAGUCCCAGCCCAUGUCUCAGAUCACAGGGCUGAAAAAGCUGGUACACACUGGAAGCUUGAACACCAACGUCCCACGGUUUGGAGUCAAGACAGAUCAAGAGGACCUCUUAGCACAAGAACUGGAGAACUUGAGCAAAUGGGGCCUGAACAUCUUUUGUGUGUCGGAGUACGCUGGAGGCCGCUCACUCAGCUGUAUCAUGUAUACGAUAUUCCAGGAGCGGGACCUACUGAAGAAAUUCCACAUCCCUGUGGACACCAUGAUGAUGUACAUGCUGACCCUGGAGGACCACUACCAUGCCGACGUGGCCUACCACAACAGCCUGCACGCAGCGGAUGUGCUGCAGUCCACACACGUGCUGCUGGCCACGCCCGCACUGGACGCUGUGUUCACAGACCUGGAGAUUCUUGCUGCCCUCUUCGCUGCUGCCAUCCACGAUGUGGACCACCCUGGCGUCUCCAACCAGUUCCUAAUCAACACCAAUUCGGAGCUGGCGUUGAUGUACAACGAUGAGUCUGUGCUUGAGAACCACCACCUGGCUGUGGGAUUCAAGCUGCUGCAAGAAGAGAACUGCGACAUCUUCCAGAACCUCAGCAAGCGCCAGCGGCAGAGCCUGCGCAAGAUGGUCAUCGACAUGGUGCUGGCCACAGACAUGUCCAAACACAUGACCCUCCUGGCUGACCUGAAGACUAUGGUGGAGACGAAGAAAGUGACCAGCUCCGGAGUUCUCUUGCUGGACAACUACUCUGACCGUAUCCAGGUCCUCAGGAACAUGGUGCACUGUGCAGACCUCAGCAAUCCCACCAAGCCCCUGGAGCUGUACCGACAGUGGACCGACCGCAUCAUGGCUGAGUUCUUCCAGCAGGGCGACCGAGAACGGGAGCGUGGAAUGGAGAUCAGCCCCAUGUGCGACAAGCACACAGCCUCUGUGGAGAAGUCUCAGGUGGGCUUCAUCGACUACAUUGUUCAUCCAUUGUGGGAGACAUGGGCAGAUCUCGUCCACCCGGAUGCCCAAGACAUCCUGGACACGCUGGAAGACAACCGGGACUGGUACCACAGUGCCAUUCGGCAGAGUCCUUCCCCACCCCUGGAAGAGGAGCCAGGGGGGCUUGGCCAUCCGUCCCUGCCUGACAAGUUCCAAUUUGAGCUCACCUUGGAGGAAGAGGAGGAAGAGGAUUCCUUGGAGGUUCCAGGAUUGCCUACCACUGAGGAAACCUUCCUGGCUGCAGAGGAUGCCAGAGCUCAAGCUGUGGACUGGUCAAAGGUCAAAGGCCCGAGCACUACAGUGGUGGAAGUGGCAGAGCGCUUGAAGCAGGAGACCGCCUCAGCAUAUGGUGCUCCUCAGGAGUCCAUGGAGGCUGUAGGCUGUUCCUUCAGCCCUGGGACCCCUAUUCUGCCUGACGUGAGGACCCUAUCCUCCUCAGAGGAGGCCCCAGGCCUCCUGGGCCUCCCCUCCACGGCGGCAGAGGUGGAGGCCCCAAGAGACCAUCUGGCUGCCACGAGGGCUUGUUCUGCCUGCUCUGGGACCUCAGGAGACAAUUCUGCCAUCAUCUCUACUCCAGGCAGGUGGGGGUCAGGCGGAGACCCUGCCUGAUCCUUUUUCCCUUCACCCUUGGGUCCUCCCUCCUCCCCACACUUCCCACUCACCACAGACCGCCUCAGCGACUCCUGGCCCUCCUGAGAAAAAAGAAAACAGAAAAGUGGGGUUUUUUUCUCUUUUCUUUUUUUUAACCCUUUCCCCUCUGCCCUUGUCCACAGGGCCUUUUUGUUGAGGUGGGGUAUGGGGAGCCAGGAACUGAAGUCCCCAAAAAAAGGGAUUUUAUUUUUUGAAUUUUAAUUGUAAAGUUUUUAGAAAAAGAACAAAAAGAAAAAAAAAAAGAAUGAAACACAUCAGCUGUAGAUGCUCCCCCUCCCCGUGCCUGGGCCCGCCUCCUUUCCUUUUCAUCGCACCCAUCAACCUCAAGUCCAAGGCGCCAUCCUCCUGCCUCUUUUGAGACUUGCUCCUUGAGAUUCAAGCCUAAGUGUGGCAUUGCCUUUUGAGCCGUUCUCCUGAGGUUCAGAGGGCGUCCACAACCCUAUUGGGAAUAGCCACCCAGAGAGGCUGCCACAGGAGAGGCUGGUUCUCGGCGGGCCACUCCCUGGACCACUGUACUCUACCACAGUCUUCCAUGCCUCUUUUCCCUUUCUGUUUUCUGUCUUUUUUGUACAACUCUGGCCACACGGUUGAAAGGGUGGUCAGAUGGGCUGUUGCUAAGGUCCAGGGACUCUUGGUUUCUCUCUGUCCCCAGCCUCAGCCUGGGGUCCCACGCCUCUAUUCCCUUCUCCAGAUGCCAUCUUCCUGGUCCACUUUGGGUCACUUUGAAUUAUCUCCGUUGGAGGAAGGGGGCUCUGUUCCAUACGCACAAACACAUCCUCCUUCCAGCUGCUUCUUCCUCUUGUUUCUGCCUUAAAGAUUCCUGUGGCCAUAGAUGAAGUCUCCUUGGCUCCCUCCCUCCUUUCCAGUACCCAUUCAACUGCCCUGCAGCCCGUCACUCUGCUCCCUCACCAACUCUCAUUGCCCCAGGAGGAAGCAAUAAUGGUGUGUACCACAUCCUCCCACCCUGGGCAGCCCUCUCCCCAUCUUACCGAGCCUGACCUCCUCCCCGCCCCCCACAUCCCCUACCCCCAGCCACAGGCAGUCCCUAAGCAAUACAGACAGAGCAAGGCCAUUUCUCCAAGCCAUGGGGAUGAGGGGACUUUUAAAAAGGACGACCCCAUUUCCCCUACUACAUGGAACCAGUCAUCAGCAGGGCAGGGGGAGGUAUUGUCCCUCCCUGCCCUGUUACAUCUCUGUACACGGUACUGUAGCUGCACCCCAAUCCUUCCCCACCUAUCCUGUCUACCCCACUAACCCCUCCCCCAACCCCGAUGCUUGCAGGAUUUUGAUUCAUUUGUUUAUUAAGCGAGAGCGAUUGCUGUCCUAGCUGGCGAUGAGAAUGGGUAUCCCUCCUCUCCAUGUGUGGGUUUUGUACAUACUGUAAGGUUGAUAUAUAAAUUAUUGUACUGAGAUGAAGGAGAUAGUGAGCUUGUCUUUCCCUGGGUGAGCCCAUUGGCAAGGUGAAGGAGGGCUUCUCCAGGCCGAAGUAACACCUUCCUUCUGUAUCAUACCAGCUGUAUCAUACUCCCUGCAUGCAGGGUGGACAUGCCAUCACUUCAUGGGAACUUGUGUCAUACUGAGGAGGGAUGAGGGCUGUGCAUAGCUUCCUCCCUGUUCUCUUUCUCCUCCGAGAGCCUCUGAUGGGGUACGAGGACUGGCCGAACUCCUGGCCUCCGUCAGCAGUUUUCCCUACCCGGGUGGGUGCAGAACCUUAUGAACUGCCUACGUGUUGUCCACAUUGACAGUUGAUCAAUUGCUCUGUGGACUGACAAUCAGCCCUUCAGUCUUGUCCCUUAUUAAAGUGAGGCUGUCUCCGGGGCUCCCGGCUGAUGGCUGAUACGGCUUCA